UCUUUUUGCCUUUUAAGCAACACUUAUCGCCGGCAGUAAGGGCCAGCUCGGUGACUUUAGGGACUUGGGGACACUUCAGUUACCUCCAACAUGGCGGGGCCGCUGCUGGAGUUUGAGACCGAGAUGUUCCUGAACCUGUUCGGCUGUGACGGGCUGCUGGUGGUGGCUGAGGGGAUGGGGGUCGACCGCAUCCUGCUGCAGUUCAUGCGGGUUUACUCGGAGCAGGGCAGCCUGGUCCUCCUGCUCAACACAACCACUCCUGAACAGGAGUAUUUCACUGAGCAGUUGCGAGUGGAGGGCGUCACCCACCUGCCGAGGACGGUCACCAGUGAUGUCCAGAGCGCUGAGCGUUACAACGUCUACACUGAGGGAGGGGUGCUGUUUGUCACCAGCAGAAUCCUGGUGGUGGACUUCCUCACUGACCGCAUCCCCGCUCACCUUAUAUCAGGUAUCCUGGUGUAUCGUGCCCAUAAAAUAAUUGAGUCAUGUCAGGAGGCCUUCAUCCUUCGUCUGUUCAGACAGAAGAACAAGACGGGCUUCAUUAAGGCCUUCACUGACAAGGCCACGGCUUUCUCCUCAGGCUUCUGCCAAGUGGAGCGUGUGAUGAGGAACCUCUUUGUCAAGAAGCUCUACCUGUGGCCCAGGUUCCAGGCUUCAGUGAACACAGUGCUGGACAGGCACAAGCCAGACGUGGUGGAGCUCCACGUGUCAUUAACGCCGGCUAUGAGGGCCAUCCAGAGCUCCAUCAUGGACAUCAUGAGUGCCUGUCUGAAGGAACUGAAGCGCUACAACCCCACAUUAGAGGCUGAGGACCUCUCGCUAGAGAACACGCUAGGAAACGCAUUUGAAAAGACUAUCCGUCACUACCUGGACCCCCUGUGGCAUCAGCUGGGAGCAAAGACCAAAGCCCUGGUCCAGGAUCUGAAGGUGCUGAGGGUUCUCCUGCUCUACCUCACCCAGUACGACUGUGUCACCUUCCUCAAUCUGCUCGAGUCACUCCGCUCCAGCCAGAAGAACUUUGGCUCCAAUUCAGGUUGGCUGUUCCUGGACUCCAGCACCUCCAUGUUUGUGAACGCUAGGAGCAGAGUGUACCGCAUCCCUGAGAGCAAAAAGAAACUCAAAGUGGGAGCAGAGGCAGAGAAACAGAAGCCAACCACUGCCUCAGAGGUGAGGCGGGAGCUGGUGCUGGAGAAGAGCCCAAAGUGGGAGGCUCUGACUGAGGUGCUGGAGGAGAUCGAGAGGGAGAACAAGAGCUCUCAACACGAACCAGGUCGGGUGCUCAUUUGUGCCAGUGAUGACCGGACUUGUGCCCAGCUGCACCAGUACAUCAAGCACGGCUCUGAUUGGCUGCUCAACCGACUGUACACCCGCACAAUCGGCAAACGGGACUCUUCUGCAGUGGCUGCCUUGGAGCUGGACUUACUGAACAAGGGAAAAGGCCGGGUCAAAAAAGUAGCCAAAGGGAAGGAACCCGCGCAGAAAAAAAACGCAAAGAACACGAAAACCAAAAGCAGGCCGUCGCUGACUCUCACCCAGAUGGUGGGAAAGAAGGAGACGGAUGAAGCAGCGGUGAUGGGAAGCAGCGGGGACGAGGACGACCUGAUGGAGGAAAAUGAAGGAGAGGAAGAACAGCUUAAGUUAGAUCUGUCGUCAGAUGACUACUAUGGAGUCCUAAAGGAGCCGCUGACUGUCAUCCACCCACUGAAGGGCUGCACUGACCCCCACAGCUUGACCCGGGUGCUGCAUGAAGUGGAGCCCAGCUUUGUGGUGCUGUACGAUGCUGAGCUGAGUUUCGUCCGCCAGCUGGAGAUCUACAAAGCUAACCGGCCUGGAAAGCCACUUAGGGUGUAUUUCCUCAUCUAUGGAGGCUCGACAGAAGAACAGAAGUACCUGACAGCUCUGUCUAAGGAAAAGAAAGCGUUUGAACAUCUCAUCAGGGAAAAGGCCACUAUGGUCAUCCCAGAGGAGAGAGAAGGGCGAGAAGAUACCAACUUAGACCUCGCUAGAAACCUAGAACCUGCCAAUGCCACCACCAACACCCGCAAAGCAGGAGGCCAGGAGGAGUCCAAGGAGCCGUCACGAGUCAUUGUGGACAUGCGUGAGUUCCGCAGCGAGUUGCCUUCCCUGCUGCACCGCCGUGGGCUGGACAUCGAGCCCGUCACCCUAGAAGUAGGCGACUACAUUCUGACUCCGGACACGUGCGUUGAGCGCAAGAGCGUCAGUGACCUGAUUGGCUCGCUGCAGAGCGGGCGCCUCUACACUCAGUGCCUCUCCAUGACCCGCUACUACAAGAAACCAGUGCUACUCAUUGAGUUCGACCCGGCUAAACCGUUUUCCCUAGUGGCCCGGUCAGAUUUCCGUCACGAGUUAUCAUCUAAUGAUAUUUCUUCAAAGCUUACCUUACUCACAUUGCACUUCCCCCGCCUCCGUAUACUCUGGUGCCCGUCCCCACACGCCACAGCCGAGCUCUUCCUGGAACUGAAACAAGGCCGACUCGAACCCGAUGCUUCAGCAGCUCAGGCGGUCACGGCUGAGUCAGACCUUGUGGCUGAGUCAGCAGACCUCUACAACCCCGGACCUUAUGACUUCCUCUUGAAAAUGCCUGGGGUCAGUACCAAAAACUACAGGGCUCUUGUUAAAAAUGCAGACAGCCUGGCGGAUCUAGCCAAACUCAGCCAGGACAAGCUAGCAGAAAUACUUGGUAACGCUAACAAUGCUAAGUUGCUGUAUGAGUUUCUGCACAAUAUCGCUGAUGUUCCUGCUCCUGUACAGAAGACCAAACAGACAUGAUGGGCAGUCUAUCAGCUAAUCUGACUGAUGUAUAUGAAUCUAUUUUCCCUUACAUCAGGAGUAGUUUUGCAUUUUUAAAGUGGUGCUAAUGUAAAACAAAGACUGAAAUUACACUUUUUUUUUGGUGCAGUUU